AUGUCAGAGAAGCUCAUGUACAAUGGAUGGUAUGUAGAUUAUCCUGAGAGAAAUAUCUGUGCUGUGAGAGGGUUCAGUGCCACCCUUCCCUGUAAUUAUUCCUACCCACAGAGCGGGUAUAAGGUGGUACAAAUGCUCUGGUGCUUAAUGAACUCAAAUAAAAACUGUCAGGAAUCACUGAUUGUUUAUAACAGCUCAUCAAACGUCACUUCAGACUUUGUGUACGGUGGAGAUGACAAAUCAAACUGUACUCUGUUCAUCCAGAAUGUAAAAUUUAAUUAUUCUGGAGAGUACAGAUUUAGAUUGAUAACUAAUGAUUAUAAAGGUAAAUGGACAGGAGAACCUGGAGUAACUCUUACAGUAAAAGAUUUAAAGGUGGAACUAAUCAGGCUCAGUGGAAACGGGACCCUUAAACCAGGGGACUCCUUAAAUCUGACAUGUCACGUGAACUGCACACACAGUUCCUCACAGAUUGUUUGGUCCAAGAACAACCAGAACCUGAACAGAUCAGGACCCGUUCUUCACUUUCCCAGUCUAACCAUGGGGGAUUCUGGGAAUUAUACCUGCACAUGGAGGACCAAUGUGAGCUCGGGAUCUGAUAUGAUCAGCAUUCAGGUCGAGGGCCUGCUCACAGGCAGACAUUUCAACAGAUUUGUCCACAAGCAGAACGAUUCUGUCAUCUACGCUAACGAAGAUGCCACGGCUAUCUACGCCAACGCACUGUGA